AUUAAUCUCUCUCUCCUCUCUCACUAUCUCUCUCUCACACACACACACAGCAGGAGAGAGCACCCAACCGAGAAAACCAAAAAGAAGCAGCAUUCACGAAUUCACACACACAUGCACUUACCAUUUUCUCGAUAAUCUUGCAUCGAUUCUGCUUUCCAUUCUCGUGCUUACUUCAACCUCUCUCCAUACUCUCUUCCCCCCCCCCCCCCCAAUAUUCGCUUCUCUUUUAUCAAUAUUUUUCCAAAACCCAGGAAGAAACACAGAUCAUAUCCAUAUCCACCUCUGGCUGAAUGCGGAAUGCGAUUGACUGCCCUAGGGGUUUUUGCGGUUUUUUCAAAUAAUUAGGAGACAGAGUAUUAUCAAGUUCUACAUGGUACAGUAAUUCAGAGUGAUGGGGCGUUCUUUAAGAACUGUUGGGACACUUAAAGCUUAUCAAGACCAGGCUGGUGUGUUGGUCAAAAACUAUGUACUAGCGGAUCCUUACAUUCCAUAUACUUCUAUUGUUCUUGGAAUAUUGACUUGCAAAUUGGCCUAUGAUCUGAGUCAGAUAAUCAGCACGUUUUAUUCCAGAAAUUAUAAUACCCUCACCAAGAUUCAAAGAACAGAGUGGAAUAACCGUGGCAUUUCCACUCUUCAUGCUGUUUUUAUUUCGAUUAUGUCUUUGUACUUUGUAUUCUGGUCUGAGCUCUUCUCUGAUAAAAAUCAUUCUGGAUUAGUUACAUUCAGAAAUUCAUCUAUCUCAACAUUUGCCCUUGGGCUAUCUGUUGGAUACUUCUUGUCUGAUCUUGCGAUGAUCUGUUGGCGGUAUCCUUCUUUGGGUGGACUUGAGUAUGUUCUCCAUCACUCGCUUGCGGCAAUUGCAGUUGCAUAUGCCAUGUAUAUGGGGGAGGGUCAGCUCUACACAUUUAUGAUACUGAUAUCGGAGGUAACAACACCUUGGAUCAAUAUUAGAUGGUAUCUUGAUGUAUCUGGAUUGAAGAGAUCCAGUGCAUAUAUUAUCAACGGAGUCAUUAUAUUUUUUAGUUGGUUGGUGGCAAGAAUUCUUUUGUUUGGUUACAUGUUCUACCACGUCUAUCUUCACCACAACCAGGUGAUGAGGAUGCACACUGCUGGUUCUCUUCUGGUGUUUGUCGUACCUGUGGCACUCGCGAUCAUGAACUUAAUGUGGUUUGGGAAGAUUCUCAAGGGUUUGAAGAAGGCCUUAUUGAAAAAGACAUGACAAUCUAUAGUAAACUACUCCACCAGGACAUGGCAAUGCUGUAGACAUCCCCGCCGUUUGUUCGAUGAGACUGUAUUCUGAGGGAAAGAGGCGAAUCCAACAACAUAGACAAAAGUCAGAUAUGUACGUUCUGUCUGUAUUAGUCACUAGUAAAAUGACGUCGUUUUUGGCUGUUCGAAACGAGGCAAAAGAGGAGGCAACAGAAUAGAGAUUCCCAUUGCUGAAACUAACCCAGAAUAUGAUAUUUUGCCUGCGCAAAAUUAAUAGUAGAAGGUUUACGCUUACGCCAAAUUAUAGCAAA